AUGGAUUCGUCUAAUAUUGUUCCGAUGGAAGCAGAGCUAAGUCCAGGAUCAAUGGAGCAGUGGCUUUCGAUGAUAAAGGAUGGAAACAAGUGCGAUAAAGGCAAACGAUCGGAAUUGUCGAUGAAGGUUAAGAAACAUCUCUCGGCUCUUGGUUGGGUUUUCUCUUACUAUCUCAAAGGGAAUAAGCGAGAGUUGCGUUUAAAGUCUCCCAAUGGAAGGUGGUUUUACUCUUUAGUCAAGGCUUGUCUCCGCCAAAACUCUCAACAACAACAAGUCGUUCCUAAACAUGAUGACUUGUCUUGCUCUCCACGAAAACUUGCCUGUUUAGAUGUAUUGAACCAGAGACAGAAGCAGAACAAGAAAAGGUCUAGGGUUGAUGAUCUCGAUAUCGAUAGCACAGUUCCGGAUAAAGAGAAGCAUUCGUCUGGUGAAUUGAUCAAACCCGAUCCAGAUUUUGAUGUAUCCAAAUCCAACCAACAACAGAAGAAGAAGAAGAAGAUAAUGAAUAGAGUGGAGGAUUGUGAUACGGCUGCGUUUAAUGGGGAGAAAGAGAAGAUCAGACCCGUUGUCAAUGUUGAUGGAUUGAACCAACAACAGAGGAAGAGAAGGAAGACGGCGAGUGAAGAUAUAAGGAGGGCGAAGGUAGAGAAAUCUCUAAAGAAGAUCUUACAAGUGAUGGAAAAGAAGCAGCAGAAGAACAAACUUGACAAAGAGUCUCUAAGGUUCUGUAAAAAAGAUCGUGAUCCGGACAUGAACUGUGAUGUGUGUUGUGUUUGUCACUGGGGUGGAGAUUUGCUUCUAUGUGAUGGUUGUCCUUCAGCUUUUCACCAAACUUGCCUCGGUAUGUCCAGCCUCCCCGAGGAAGACAUGUGGUUCUGCCCUUGUUGCUGCUGCGAUAUCUGUGGAUCAACGGAAUCACCUUCGAACAGUAAGUUGAUGACUUGUGAGCAGUGCCAAAGAAGAUUCCAUCUCAAGUGUUUGAAAGAAAAGCCUUGCUUUGUUUCCCGUAAAGGCUGGUUCUGUAGUAGUCAGUGCAACAGAGCCUUUUCCGCGCUUCAGAAUCUCCUAGGAUGCAAAAUUGCAGUAGGCGACAAUGAUGAUUUGGUCUGGACAUUGAUGAGAGCUCCAAACGAUGGUGAACACUAUGAUGAUGAGCAAAAGUCCAAGCUAGAAUCUGCUGUCGAGAUACUUCACCAGGGGUUUGAGCCUACCACAGAUCAUUUCUCUGGGAGAGACCUUGUUGAGGAGCUGAUAUUCAAGAAAGAUCGAAAUGGCGUUGGCCGAGGAUUUUACACGGUCUUGAUAGAGAAAGAGAACGAACCUGUCACAGUGGCUGCAGUGAGAGUGGAUAAAGAUGUAGUCGAGAUCCCUUUGGUGGCGACAUUGUCAAACUACAGGAGAAGUGGGAUGUGCAGAGUGCUUAUGGAUGAGUUGGAGAAGCAAAUGUCUCAGAUGGGAGUUCGUAGACUGGUCUUACCGGCUGCACAAAAUGUUGUGACCACUUGGACUCAGCGGUUUGGGUUCUCGGUAAUGGAAAGUUCGGAGAGGCUGGAGUUUGUGAAACAUGGGAUGCUUGAUUUUGUUGGAACUGUCAUGUGUGGUAAGUUUCUUCACAAGGAAAGAGGAGAAGAUGAUUCAGCACAAGAGUCAAGCCUCACAGAAUAACAAGUCUCCUGGUCUUUUUUUUUUUCAUGUACUGUAUUGCGGAGAAAAAUGUGUAGUAACAACAUCUCUUGAUGUCCAUAUAUAACUUGGUACAUCUUUGUCUUUAGUAACAUGUGUGAC